AUGGAAGGUAUGGGAUCCGAAGUAUACACGGCGCCAAAUUCAAAUGUAGGGGCUGUAGUCGACGUGGAUGACUCCAUGCACAUGCUGCCUGUGGAUUCAGGUUGUGGGCUUCAAUGCCCAAAGCAAAAAGCAUCUUGGCCUAGGCUUAGACGUAUGGAAAUUGGGCCUGUGGAAUUUUUUAAGGAGGGAGCUAAGUCUGUGUUGGGGAAAAGGAAUACAAGCUGUGAGGAGAGCAGUACGGUAGGAGCUGCACAACAUAUAGUGGUGAAAAGGACUAGACUGGAUAAAGAAGGUUUUCAAAAAUAUGGUGGAGAGUUGCCUUUUCCGAAUAAGUUUAUAGUUAAAAAACCUUAUUCCGGGGGAGGUUUAGCAUUGCUAUCGAAAUCUGAAGUUAAGUUAGAGGUUAUUGAUUUUACUGAACAUCAUAUAUUGGCAAGGGUGGUUGAGGAGGAUGGUUUUACUUGGUUUCUUACAGGAUUCUAUGGGUGGCCGGAUUUGAUUUCUCCCACUCAGAGUGCUUUUGUGCCAGGCCACCUCAUUAUUGAUAAUGUACUGAUAGCCUAUGAAACUUUACAUGCCAUGCAUGGGAGGAAAAAGGGGAAAAAAGGAGCUCUAACUUUGAAAUUAGAUGUUAGUAAGGCUUAUGAUCGAGUAGAAUGGGCCUUUUUGAGGGGUAUGAUGGUUAGGCUGGGGUUUCUUGAGGAUUGGAUUAAUAGGAUGAUGAGUUGUGUCACCACACCUUCCUUCUCGAUUCAUAUUAAUGGUAAAGUUUAUGGAAAUAUUAUCCCAUCGAGAAGACUCCGUCAAGGGGACCCGUUAUCACCCUAUCUGUUUCUUUUAUGUGCAGAAGGUUUCACAUCUUUACUCUCCAAAGCUGAAUACGAGGGGCAAAUCCAUGGUGUUCAGAUAUGCAGAAGGGUGCCUAGUAUUUCUAACUUGCUUUUUGCAGAUGAUUCUUUGAUUUUCUGCCAGGUAAAUCAAGAAGAGGUACAGGUGAUUUCUGAUACAUUGCAGUUGUAUGCUGUAGCUUCUAGUCAAUGCAUUAAUUUUGAGAAGUCGUCGGUUUAUUUUAGUGGUAAUACAUCUGACAGUCAGAAGCAAUGGAUAAAACAAGCUUUGGGAGUUCAAGAAGUGGAGAGGUUUGAUACUUAUUUAGGUUUACCGACUUUGGUUGGUCGAGCUAAGUACCAAACAUUUGCAUAUUUGAAGGAGCAGGUUUGGAAAAAACUUCAGGGUUGGAAGGAUAGAAUGCUCUCUCGUGUAGGAAAAGAAGUUCUAAUCAAAGCUGUGGUCCAAUCAAUUCCAACAUAUACCAUGGGAGUGUUCUUGUUGCCAGCAAAGCUUUGCAAUGAAUUAGAUGCUCUCUGUGCAAGAUUUUGGUGGGGGCAGAUUGGUGAUGAACGAAAAAUUCAUUGGAAGAGUUGGAGUUUUUUGACGAAGCCAAAGAAGGUGGGUGGUAUGGGAUUCCGGGAUCUUAGGAGUUUUAACUUAGUUAUGUUGGCUAAGCAAGGUUUGCGGAUGUUACAAGACCAAAAUUCACUGUUAUCCAGAUGUUUUAAGGCCAAGUACUUCCCGAGAUGUGGCUUUUUGGAGGUGACGGAUUGUCUUAACAGCUCCUAUGUUUGGAAGAGUGUGCUGGUUGCUCAACAAAUUCUGAAACAGAGGUGUUACUGGAGGGUGGGAACGGGUUCUUCAAUCCGAGUAAUGGAGGAUAAAUGGAUUCCGAAUCAUCCGGGUAAUAAAAUUCUGUUUCCUACUGAAUAUGAUGAAUGGGAAUGGAGAGUCUCGGAUUUAAUUGAUUGGAGGGUGCACCAAUGGGAUAGGGACAGAAUUUUUAUGAUUUUCAAUCACUUUGAUGUAGAGGCAAUUCUUAGAAUUCCGUUGAGUAGAAGGCAGGUGCAAGAUAGGGUGGUAUGGAUGCAUUGUCGCAAUGGAAAGUAUGCAGUCAAAUCUGGGUAUCAUGUUGCUCGUAUGCUAGCUGAAGAUGCUAUUGGCAGGGAAGAAAGCUCGGAAUAG